CUCCAACCUGGCCCUGGGGUCUCUCUAAUUUCUCAUUACACCCCUCCAUUUAAUCAUUUGCACUGUUUCUGAAUGAAUCCACUCUAGUUUCAAAACCCAGAAUCUGUUCUGUUUUUUCAACAAAUACACUACAUUUGUUCUUUGGGUAGAGAAAUUUCAGCAGGAUUUCAUAUAGGGUCUGGUCUCUAUGGCUCUGAGGUGUUCUUGGUUCAGCUUGACUCUGUUCUGUGGGUGUUUGGUUGUUGGUUUCUGUGAUCAAGCAGGUUUCUUGAGCAUAUCUUGUGGUGGGACUGGGAGUUUUGUUGAUUCGUAUAACAUACAGUGGGUCUCAGAUGAUGAAUACAUAAGCUCAGGCAAUACAACUAGAUUUGAGUAUCCAGAUGGUACGUCUUCAUCUAGUGUUCCUCUCCGAUUUUUCCCAGAAUCACAAGGUCGAAACUGUUUUAGGUUACCGGUAAAGAAUUUAUCAGCGUUGGUUCUUGUAAGAGCCCAAUUUGUGUACAAGAACUAUGAUGGACUUGAGAAACCUCCAGCUUUCACUGUUUCUCUUGCCACAGCUGUUACUGCUAUGGUAAACCUCAGUAUUAAAGAUCCAUGGACUGAAGAAUUUAUAUGGCCAGUAAGUAAGGACACACUACCAUUUUGUCUCCUUGCUAUUCCACAUGCUGGAUCUCCAGUUAUUUCUUCACUUGAAGUUCGGCCACUUCCUCAAGGAGCUUACCAAACUGGCUUGGAAGAUCUCCCCAAUAAGUCUCUUCGAAAGUCUUAUCGAAUUAAUAGUGGUUACACCAAUGGAUCACUGCAAUAUCCAGUGGAUCCAUUUGAUCGCAUAUGGGAUCCUGAUCAAGGUUAUAUACCGUUUCGUGUUUCAUCCCAGUUUGAUAUUCUUCUUAGCUUCAACUUGUCAAGUCUAUGGGAGAUUCCCCCGGUUGCUGUACUUCAGACUGCAAGAGUUGUGGCGCGGAAGGAUGUCUUAACAUAUAACUUGCCUCUUGAUACAUUGGGGGACUAUUAUAUAAUCCUCUACUUUGCUGGGAUUCUUCCAGUGUCCCCUUCUUUUGAUGUACUGAUUAAUGGUGAUGUUAAGGAAUCAGAAUAUACCAUUACAACCUCAGAAGCCAGUGCUCUAUAUUUGGCAGAAAAGGGAAUCACAAAUUUGAACAUUACCAUUAAGAGCACCAAAUUUUACCCGCAAAUCAAUGCACUAGAAGUUUACAAAAUUGUUGAUAUUCCACCUGAGGCUUCCUCAACAACAGUUUCAGCACUUCAAGUUAUUGAGCAGUUUACGGGGUUAGAUCUCAGAUGGCAAGAUGAUCCAUGUUCUCCAAUUCCAUGGGAUCAUAUCAAAUGUGAAGGAAACCAAGUAGCAUCACUGGACCUGUCUGACUUCAACUUGAGGUUAAUUAGCCCAACAUUUGGUGACUUGCUGGAUCUUAAAAUACUGGAUCUGCAUAACACAUCACUUUCAGGAGAGAUACAAAACCUGGGUAGCCUGCAGCAUCUUGAGAAAUUGAAUCUGAGUUUCAAUCAGCUGUCAUCCUUUGGCUCUGAUUUGGAGGAGUUGGUUAGCCUUCAAGUUCUGGACCUGCAAAACAAUAAGUUACAGGGAAUAGUUCCUGACAGCUUGGGAGAGUUGGAGAACCUCCAUCUACUGAAUCUGGAGAAUAAUAAACUGCAAGGCACCCUCCCACAGUCAUUGAACAGAGAAAGCUUGGAUGUCAGAACAUCAGGCAAUUUGUGCCUUUCCUUCUCCACAAUGUCAUGCAAUAAUGUUUCCUCGUAUCCUUCAAUUGAGGCACCACAAGUUACCAUCCUUACGAAUAGGAAACACAGUCGACAUCGUUUAGCAGUUAUACUUGGUGCAGCAGGAGGAGCCCUAGUAGCUGUAUUUGUAGCUUCUCUAGUUGUAUUCUUGUACGUAAGGAAAAGGAGAAGCGAAGUCACGUAUACAAUGAGGGCAGCCAUUGAUAUGCGAAACUGGAAUACAGCUAGAGUCUUUUCCUACAAGGAAAUAAAAGCAGCUACAAACAGCUUCAAAGAGGUUAUAGGCCGUGGUAGUUUUGGAUCUGUUUACCUUGGAAAGCUAUCAGAUGGCAAACUAGUAGCUGUGAAAGUUCGGUUUGAUAAAAGUCAACUAGGGGCUGAUUCUUUUAUCAAUGAGGUGUAUCUCUUGUCACAAAUUCGACAUCAGAAUCUUGUCUGUCUAGAGGGAUUUUGUCAUGAAUCAAAGCAGCACAUUCUAGUCUAUGAAUAUCUACCGGGUGGAUCUCUGUCUGAUCACCUGUAUGGUCCAAACAGUCAAAAAUUUUCAUUAAGCUGGGGUCGGCGAUUAAAAAUAGCUGUCGAUGCUGCAAAAGGUUUGGACUAUCUGCACAAUGGCAGCCAACCACGAAUCAUUCACAGAGAUGUCAAGUGCAGCAAUAUCCUUUUGGACGGUCAGAUGAAUGCCAAGGUCUGUGAUUUUGGCCUCUCCAAGCAGGUACCCCAAGCAGAUGCAACACAUAUCACCACUGUUGUCAAAGGCACAGCAGGCUAUCUUGAUCCUGAGUAUUAUUCCACCCAACAGCUGACAGAGAAGAGUGAUAUCUAUAGCUUUGGAGUUGUUCUUUUAGAGCUAAUUUGUGGACGAGAACCACUUAGUCAUUCUGGAACUCCAGAUUCCUUCAAUUUAGUACUUUGGGCCAAGCCCUACCUGCAGGCAGGUGCAUUUGAGAUAGUAGAUGACAGCCUAAAGGGAACGUUUGAGGUCGAGAGCAUGAGAAAGGCGGCGCAGAUUGCCAUAAGAUCAGUGGAGAGAGAUGCAUCACGGAGGCCAAACAUUGCAGAAGUAUUGGCAGAACUGAAGGAAGCUUAUGGCAUCCAGCUCUCAUAUCUUGCAUCCUUGGGACACUCAGGUUAAGCUAGCAAAGAGAACAUUAACAAGGAUUGUUUUUAUGGUCUUACAUAUUAUCCACGUUGGGUUUGUAGAGAGAGGAGAGAUUGUUAAUUUUAGGAGAGUUUGUGAAUGGUUUUGAUUUGAAGAAUAAGUUAUUUAACCAAAGGUUUAUUCUAGAAUCUAUCUUAUAUAUAAAUCUGUAUCAAUUCUGCUAGGAAUUCUUCAGUAUGUAUGUUUUGGAACUAUACAUACGAAAAAAAAAAGAGCCCGAAUUAGC